GCUUUCCGCGCCGAGGCUGGGACAAGACGUGGGAUCUGCGGUGCCCGCGGCGGCUCCCAGCUGUCCGCUCGGACCCCACCGCAGCGAGGGCGUCCCGCCAGCCGCUGGAGAGCAGAGGGAUCGUGGUGGGGGGAUACUCGGUUAGGGGGCUUCAGGUCGGCCAGACUCGGUCUCAAGGCCGGCUUCUCCAUUUACCAGCUGGCUGCCUCAGUUUCUUUGAAUAGGGGGGCCAAGAGUCGUUCUUCCGUUUGGGGGCUAUUGCUUUGAAUAAACGACACGAGGUGGCUAAGGCGUUCACCGCCAAACCACACGGCAGGGCCGAGGUCCUAAGUGUCGCUCUCUGGCGUUCUGGAUUCUGGCCUGAGGCGGGUCCGUACCCAGGAACCCCAAGGCCAUAAACAUCUCUGAGCGCCCUGGCGCGGGGCUGGGCGGGCGCGGGGAGUGGGUGACGUGGGAGGGGACCGCCCCACACGCUCGCAGCGUCCUCCACCUGCCCGGCUGGUGCUGGGCGGUCGGCGGCGGCGGGACUGGCGAUGACUUCGGGCCAGUGAGCGUCCCCGGAGCACAGGAGAAUGCGAGGCCAACUUUGUGCUCCCCUCAAGCCGUCCGAGCCUUCCGCGGGCUCCAGAGCAGGCAGCUGUCGGUUUCUGUGGCUCCUCAAGAUGUCAGUCUUAAUCUUAGGACUCGGCCUUGCCUUUUUUAUAUUCAGAAGCGUGUCCCUGCAAACAGAAUUUGGGGGGCUCAAGCUGGAGUUCUCGCGCCCCGCGCCCGAGGGCCAGCCGCUGAAGCUGCUCCCCGAGCAGCGUCUCAGGAACCUCUUUGCCUACAGCGGGAUCUGGCUCUUCCCCAAGAACCAGUGCAGAUGUGAAGCCUCCCAGGGGCAGAGGAGUUACAACCUCCAGGACGCCUACAACCAGCGCGACCUCCCGGCCGUGAAUGCCAGGAGACAGGCGGAAUUUGAACACUUUCAGAGGAGGGAGGGGCUGCCCCGCCCACCGCCGCUGCUGGCUCAGCCCAACCUCCCUUUUGGGUACCCGGUCCAUGGAGUGGAGGUGAUGCCCCUGCACACCAUUCUCAUCCCAGGUCUCCAGUUUGAAGGGCCAGAUGCUCCCGUCUACGAGAUCACCCUGAGAGCUUCUCUGGGGACCCUGAACACCCUUGCUGACGUCCCAGACAGCGCAGUGCAGGGAAGAGGCCAGAAGCAGCUGACCAUUGCGACCAGCGACCGGAGGCUUUUGAAGUUCAUCCUGCAGCACGUGACCUACACCAGCACGGGGUACCAGCACCCCAAGGUGGACAUGGUGAGUCUGGAGUGGAAGUCCUCAGUGGCCAGGUUUCCAGUGAGCAUCCGCCAUCCCAUCAUGCCCAAGUUGUAUGACCCUGGACCAGAGAGGAAGCUCAGAGACCUGGUGACCAUUGCCACCAAGACCUUCCUCCGCCCCCACAAGCUCAUGACCCUGCUCCGGAGUAUUCGGGACUAUUACCCAGACUUGACCGUGAUCGUGGCUGACGACAGCAAGAGGCCCCUGGAGAUCCGUGACAAGCACGUGGAGUACUACACCAUGCCCUUUGGGAAGGGCUGGUUUGCUGGCAGGAACCUGGCCAUAUCUCAGGUCACCACCAAAUACGUGCUCUGGGUGGACGAUGACUUCCUCUUCAACAACAACACCAAGAUCGAGGUGCUGGUGGACGUCCUGGAGAGAUCCGAGCUGGAUGUGGUGGGCGGCAGCGUGAUGGGGAACGUGUUCCAGUUCAUGCUGUUUUGGGAGCAGACUGAGAACGGGGCCUGUCUUCACCGGAGGCCGGGAUCUUUCCGGCCGCUGCACGGCUUCCCCGGCUGCGUGGUGACCAGCGGCGUGGUCAACUUCUUCCUGGCCCACACGGAGCGGCUCCGGAGAGUCGGCUUCGACCCGCGCCUGAGGCGUGUGGCUCACUCAGAAUUCUUUGUUGAUGGGCUGGGGAGCCUGCUUGUGGGCUCAUGCCCGAAGGUGAUUGUGGGUCACCAGCCCCGGACUCCAGCGCUGGACUCGGAGAUGGCUGCCCUGGAGAGCGUCUACAGCAAAUACCGGACCAACACCGGCGACGAGGUCCGGUUCAAGCUGGCCCUCCAGUACUUCAAGAACCACCUGCAGUGUGCCAUGUAGCUGCGCCGUGGCACAGGAAAAGCCGCAGGCUGACUGGCCGUCGGCAUCUGGGACAGGAGGACCAGCGGUGAGGGCUGCCAGAAACUGGACUUCUGAUUGCCAAGACGGACAUCGGACGGGUAGGACAAUGGGGAUGGCUCGGUUACCGGAAGUACCAGUCAGAAGUCAAGGAGCAUUAGAAAUGGACCAAUCACUGCGCAGGACAAUGAAAGACCCUCGUAAUAAUUGCUGUUUGUACGAUGCCUUUUCUUUUAUGAAGCAUUCGCACGUACAGCGUCUCACAUCAUCUUAGCAGAUCUUGUGCCUAACAGUAUGUUGGCGGGCACCCUCAGUCUAGAGAAAGGCCGCGGGCCGGGGGUGGAGAUUGUGCCGCGGUCAGAAACAGCAUCUCCAGCGCUGCCGCCGCCGCCGCCGCCACUCUUCUGUUUGGUUCAGUCUCCUGGAAGAGGAAAAGGCACGGAUAGGAGCAGGCAUGGGUUGGCCCUCGGUUUGGGGCACCUGCACCCCACACUGGAGUGCCUGGUUCAAGUCCUGGCUUCUCUGCUCUUCGGAUGCAGCUUCUGGCUGGUGCUUUGGGGAGGCAGCAGAUGAUGGCCAAAAUGCUUGGAUUCCUGCCAUGCGCGUGGAAGUCUUGGAUGGAACUCCUGGCUCCUGACUUUUGACUGGCCCAGCUCUGCCUGUUGUCUGCAUUUAGGGAAUGAAUUAAUGAAUGGAAGAUUCUCUCUCUUUCUCUGUCAUGCUGCCUUUAAAAUGAAUGAAUAAAUGGCCGGCGCCGCGGCUCACUAGGCUAAUCCUCCGCCUAGCGGCGCCGGCACACCGGGUUCUAGUCCUGGUUGGGGCACCGGAUUCUGUCCCGGUUGCCCCUCUUCCAGGCCAGCUCUCUGCUGUGGCCAGGGAGUGCAGUGGAGGAUGGCCCAGGUGCUUGGGCCCUGCACCCCAUGGGAGACCAGGAAAAGCACCUGGCUCCUGGCUCCUGCCAUCGGAUCAGCGCGGUGCGCCGGCCGCAGCGCGCUGGCCGCGGCGGCCAUUGGAGGGUGAACCAACGGCAAAGGAAGACCUUUCUCUCUGUCUCUCUCUCUCACUGUCCACUCUGCCUGUCAAAAAAAAAAAAAAAGAAUGAAUAAGUGAAUUAUUUUUAAAAUAAAUGAAUGUUCAUAAAUCAAUAUUCAAAAUACCUAAAAAAUAAAUUUUUAUCAAAACAUCAUGAAUAA